AUGAAAACCAAGCCCGUUCAAUUCAUCAUGUACAAUAUUCUGUUGGCAUCGUCUUCAAGAGCAUUUGUGCGAAAUAAUCUCCCAUCAAACCGCCUGUCGAAAUCUUUUGCUACUUCUACGAACCUGUUCAGCACGGCAUCCGAAACGGACCAAGACAAUAAUAAUUCAUCCACCCAAAACGAUUCAGAACCAUUCGCUCAUUCGGAACCUUUUUCUCCUUGGGACCCUGUGCGUCUAGCGGAAAAAGUCCAAAGCCGCAACAAUGCUUUCCGGUCACGGCAACAUGUCAAUCCACUGUCGGCGAAAUUCCAACAACCGACCGUGUUGACGCCCAACUGGCCCUAUGAUACUUACGACGAUCUGUCCAAGCCUCUAUUUUUGGAUAUUGGCUGCUCACGAGGAGGAUUUUUAAUUGACAUGGCAACGACUCAAAUGAAGCAACAACCAGGAGAUGCAACCAAUAAUCAAUAUCUGGAACCAGAUUACAAUUAUCUGGGUCUGGAGAUUCGUCCCAUUGUCGUUUACCAUGCUCAAAAACGGAUAGAAAAACGAGAAGAUGGUGGUGAUGCAUCAUCCCUCAAGGGAAAGUUGGGAUUUGUCGGCUGUAACGCCAAUGUUGAUUUGGAACGACUCUUGCAACUCCUCCAAGACAGCAACCCCGAGGACCUCCUCAAUUUGCAAAUGGUCACGAUCCAAUUCCCGGAUCCUCAUUUCAAAGCCCGCCAUGCCAAACGACGAGUGGUUCGACCGGAAUUGGUGACCACAUUGGCUAAAUUCAUGCCACCUGGUUCCACGGUAUGGUUGCAGUCGGACAUUCAAUCCGUAUUGGAUGAUAUGCGAUUCCAAUUCCGACUUCAAUCCCAAUACUUUCAGGACAGCAUUUCGCCUGAAAUCGUUGACAUUAAUGCCAAUGAUGACAAUGAUAAUGACGACGAGAGUGAAGCCAUUCAGCUAGACUAUGUUGAGGAGAAUCUUCUUGGCGUACGUACGGAACGAGAGAUCAGUGUUUUGGAAAGGGACCUUCCAGUAUACCGUGCUUUGUUCACCCGAACAGAUGCCCAAUUUAGCAGUGAUUGA